AUGACGGUCCCGCAGCUAGAAGAAGAACUAGAAAACCUCACAACAUUGGCAGUAGUUAAUGAUUCAAAUUCUGCCGAGAAGCCAAAUUUGAAAGGAGAUUGGUUGAAUUUACUACUGUUGUUGCUGCUGUAUGCGAUGCAAGGCAUACUAUUUGGUUUAGCAAUGGCAAUGCCAAUAAUUUUGCAAAGCAAUAAAAAUGUGACUUACAAAGAUCAAGCUCUAUUCAGUUUAGUUGAAUGGCCGUAUAGCUUAAAACUGAUAUGGGCCCCUUUGGUAGACUCGCUGUAUGUGCAAAAGAUAGGAAGACGAAAAUCAUGGCUCAUACCUGUUCAAUAUUCAAUUGGAGCAUGUUUCAUUUAUAUGGCUGGCAAUAUCGACGAAUGGUUGCCGGAAACGGGUAAACCAGACAUACUAAAAUUGUCAUCCGUAUUUUUCGUAACAAAAAUGUUGGCAGCCACGCAAUUUAUAGUCGUCGACAGUUGGGCACUGACAAUGCUCAAGAAGAAUAACGUAGGCUAUGCAUCUACAUGUUAUGCAAUCGGUAUAGUGAUGGGCAUGAUGAUAAGUUAUUUGUGUUCCGUCUUGUUGACAACGGAAGACUUUAGCAACAAGUACUUACGAUUUAGUGCAGAUGUGGGAGGAGUGUUCACCAUGAAAUGUUUUUUCUAUGUCUUGGAAAAAGAUAACAGAUUAGAGGAAGACUGCGUAAAACUCAACAUUGUUCAAAACUAUUCGCUACUAUGGGACAUUUUAAAACUACCUAGUAUUCAAUUGUUAGUCAUAUCAAUGGUGACAGCGAAGAUUGGAUUUGCUGCAACAGAUGGUGUAUCGAUUUUAAAACUCAUGGACGCAGGAGUACCUAAAGAAACCAUUAUGGCUAUAAAAACAACAAUUUUAGUUGUAAAAAUGAUUUCGCCACUUGCUGUAGCGAAGUACACUUCUGGUCCAAAACCGAUAACCGUAUACCUAACAUCAACACCAAUCAGAUUGCUUUGGAACGUUUCAAUUUUUGCGUUUCUUUAUUAUACACCGAAAUUGAUAAACAAGAAUGGAUUUGUUAAUAUUCCAAUAUAUUACUAUGGACUUUUAUUAUUUAUAUUAUCAAUACAUGGUAUUCUAAACCAAAUUAUGACGAUAUCUUCAUUAGCUUUUUUCUCUCGAAUAAGUGAUACACGUUUUGGUGGUACUUACAUGACAUUGUUGACUACAUUUUAUAAUUUGGGAGCAUCUUGGACGUCUUCGGUCGCUAUUGGAAUGAUAGAUUUCCUAACGUUUAUACAAUGUUCUUUAGAUGACAAGAAUAAUUGCUCUACACCAAAUCUAAAAAACAUGUGUAAAACAUUGGAUGGUGAUUGUGUUGUUAUAGUGAACGGGUAUUACGUAGAAAUGGCUGUGUGUACCAUAAUCGGAGUAAUUUGGUUUUGUAUUUUCAGAAAUAUCCUUAAAAAAUUUCAAAAUAAGGGCCCUUCCCAUUGGUUGGUCAAUAUAAAGAGACCAAGAAAAUGA